AUGCAGAGAGACCAGCGGGCGGGGCGGGGCCGAGCGGCUGGCAGGGGCGCCCGAGCGCCAAGCGGUUGCGGGCUCGCGCCGUCCCAAGCGGCCGCGGGUGCCCCAAUCAAAAGGAUCGCUCCAGGCUCGAGCGAGGCAGCACAACGACAGAGAGGACCCCCGCAGUUCCAGGCAGCAGAAAAGGCCGCCCGAUCUGCGCCGGCGAGGCGUGCAGCGCCUGUCAGCAGGAGCAAGAAAAGGGGGCACCCAGGCGGCGGCGCGCGCAGCAGCCGCGUCUGCAAGACCGACGGCCGGCGAGGUGGCGGCCCCUCGCGGCCGCCGCGCCGCGCCGCGCCAGGCCGCGCCGCGGCCUG